AUGACACCCAGAUUGAAGUAUGCGGCUAUAUUUUUAUUGAUAGCACUCGUGGUAGCACAUGAAGGAAUGAGUAUGGACGAGCCGGGGCCAGAGGCAGAGUCACAAAGAAAUUCAUUGCAUGAACAUUGGAAAACCCGAACAUUUCAUUGGUUGGUUUCAUUAUUCAUUCUAGUGAUAACACCAAGUGUGGGUGCAGCAUAUGCUGUAGCAAAUAGGACGAUUGUGUCAUUAGGUAUUCAGGUUAUAUGCCAAAUUUAUGCGUUUCUGGAGGCAUUAUUUUUCAGAUUCAAUGAUGUCAAUGGACAUGAAAAUUCUACCAGUAGAGGCACUGCAUGGUUCAUGGUAUUCUUCUACAUUGGAUUGAUUGUGAACGGUUUGGCCGCUAAAAGGAUACAAAGUAAGGUUAUCAAUAUAACUUAUAAAGUUUUAUCAUGUGCCGUUGUUUUGCUAGGAUUGAUUAAAUUAGCCAUGUCGGUUGUUGCAAUGCUUGGGUUUUGUUACGACUCACAUACUGGACAAUGUAAUGCACAUGGUAUAAUGGGUAUGUCAUUUAUAUUUUACGGUUUCAUUCUUUCAAUGUCUUUGAUGAUACCAUGGCUUAGACAUAACAAUGGAAGAUAUUCACAAGAAAUGUAUGAUUCAACAGUUAUAACCAUCUGGGGGAUUAUCAAUACAUUCACCGAACACAGGCCAUGGGAACCAUGGUCCCAUAGUGACUACCAACACACAAGUAUGGGUAUUAUAUUUUGGUGCGCAGGUAUGCUCGGAAUGUAUCUAUCUUUGGGCAAAAAGAGGAAUUUUGUUCCUGCAUUGACGUUGAUCUUCACAGGAUAUGCGAUGUCAGAGCAUGUGCAAGAGCUGAUCAUUUCAACUAAAGUGCAUGCGUUUUUCGGUAUUGUGUUAAUGGCUGGUGGGUUUUCCCGUAUAAUGGAAAUUUCAUUUCUUUUAGAUGACCAGGAUGAGCCAGUAGAUAAAGAGAUCAGAAGUUUCCAAUAUUUAGCGCCCUUUGCGCUUGUUUUGAGUGGUGUACUAUUCAUGUCUGCAACUGAGGAACAACUGCAACUUGUUGUUAAUAUGGGGGCUGAUCACUCUGCAUACAUACUGGUUAUUAUUAGUGCUGCUUGCUUGUUGCAGUUGUGGAUUUUAUCCAUUUUGCAACUGUAUUUAAAUUUGGCUACUGCCAAUGACUCCUAUAAACAAGUUGGGGAAGAGCUGGAGUUAUCCGACCUUGAGGUCUAA